CCUUUGGCCACGCAGGAGCCCCAGGAGGCGGUGGUGGGCGGGCAGCUCCCCAGCCCCUCUGCCGGGUGCAGGGGUGGGGGCAGGGAGUGGUCGCACAGCGUACAGACCUAGGGACUGGCCACCCUGGCCCGGGGCUCUGCCCUUUGCACCACACUGCCUGCGACCCCGGGCGGUCAGCUCUGCUCUGCCGGGCCCCAGGUCCCUUGCUGGUCCUGGGGAGGAUGCUGAAGGGGUAAAGUCUGCUGCCCGCUGGCUCCCCAGGCUGGGCCCCUGGCUUUGGGACCAGUAGGCUCUGCCUAGCCUCACAGCUCCAGCCUCGCUGGUGACUCCUGCUCAGCCCCCAGGAAAGACUGGCCAGCUCACGCCAGGCACCAGUGCAUCCCUCCCAGGGCAGGCAGGGCAGCCCGCAGUUUGAAGAGGUCCCGUCUAGCCCAGCCCAGCCUUCCCCACUGUAUCGAAGGGAAAAGUGGCCGGUGUCUGGCCCGGACACGAAGCUGCCGUGUCCAGCACCUUUGACUCCCCACCCUGGCUCCCGGCUCCUGAGUCCAGCUCCUUGCUGGAGGCCGCGGGUGAUGGCUCCAGUGACCGGGUCCCUGCCAGGCGCAGGGGAGACCUGGGUGGGGUUCCUGGCUCCGGGAUCUUCUUUGCCCCCUGGCCAUCGUGGGCAUCCCGGGAGUGACCCAGCAGAGGGGAGCAGAGGGGAGAGCUCUGAGUCUCUAUCUUUCUCUCUCUCUGCCUCUCAAACAAACUUCUUUUAAAAAGUAUUUUGGGGAUAGCGGCCCUCCUUACACUUCUACCACACAUCUCAGAAAGGCCAACCCUGGCCAGGUCUCAGACAAGCACUGAACUUGACUUUGGAAGCCAGACUCUAGAGGAACUGGCCUUUAGAGAGAACAGGGCAGCAGCAGCGAUAGGAUAGGGGUCUUAGGUCCCCCUGGGGGCUCCUGAGCCCUUGGGUGUGAGGGUCUCGGGCCUCCCGAUCCUCCCCUCUCCCCUCUCUCUGUGUCUCUGUCUCUCUAGCUUUCCUGUCCCUGCAGCCCUGUCCUCUUUGGAGCAGCACUGAGCUGGCCCUGCUGGCCGCCGGGGGAGCAGCUGUCAGCUCCCGGCAGCAGGAAGUGUGGGCCCUGCAGGCGGGCCGGUGGGUGGGGUAGGGGCUCCUGGUGCAGCUCGUGUUGCAGUCCUGGAGAUUGGGGUGGUGUGCUGACCCGGGCCAUUCCACCUGCGCUAUUCCUACUUCCUGGGACAACCCCAGGCCUGCACACCAAACUCCAGAAUCCUCAGUGCCCAGGAGAUGGGACAGAGAGGAGAGGUGUGUCUGUCUGGCGAGGGGCUGCAGGGCCCCGGGGGAGCCAGGCCAGGCCCAGGUCCUGUGCUCUCGCUGAGGGCCUGCAUGUGGUGCUGUGCUGUGCUUUUUGGGGAAGUUACGUAACCUUUCUGUGCUUUCCACUUCCCCGGCCUCUCGCCCAUGGAAAGACCACAUGGAGCCCCUCCAGGCCCUGGGGCCUGGCUGCCGCUCAGGGACGGACUCCGGGGCUCCCCGCAGGCUGUCUUUCGGGGCCGGAGAUGCAGAGCACGGCCAGCUACCUGUGGCACACGGAUGACCUGCUGGGGCAGGGCGCCACUGCCAGUGUGUACAAGGCCCGCAACAAGAAAUCCGGGGAGCUGGUGGCCGUGAAGGUCUUCAACACCGCCAGCUACCUGCGUCCCCGGGAGGUGCAGGAGAGGGAGUUUGAGGUCCUGCGGAAGCUGAACCACCAGAACAUCGUCAAGCUCUUCGCAGUGGAGGAGACGGGGGGCAGCAGGCAGAGGGUGCUGGUGAUGGAGCACUGCUCGGGGGGCAGCCUGCUGAGCGUGCUGGAGAGCCCGGAGAACGCCUUCGGGCUGUCGGAGGAUGAGUUCCUGGUCGUCCUGCGCUGCGUGGUGGCUGGCGUGAACCACCUGCGGGAGAACGGCGUGGUGCAUCGCGACAUCAAGCCGGGCAACAUCAUGCGGCUGGUGGGUCGCGAGGGCCAGAGCGUCUACAAGCUCACGGACUUCGGCGCCGCGCGCCAGCUGCUGGACGACGAGAAGUUCGUCUCGGUCUAUGGCACCGAGGAGUACCUGCACCCGGACAUGUACGAGCGGGCGGUGCUUCGCAAGCCCCAGCAAAAGACGUUCGGGGUGACCGUGGACCUCUGGAGCAUCGGGGUGACCCUGUACCACGCAGCCACCGGCAGCCUGCCCUUCGUGCCCUAUGGCGGGCCGCGGCGCAACAAGGAGAUCAUGUAUCGGAUCACCACCGAGAAGCCCUCCGGGGCCAUCGCGGGCACUCAGCGGCGGGAGAACGGGCCCCUGGAGUGGAGCUACGCCCUGCCGGUCACCUGCCGGCUGUCGAUGGGCCUGCAGGGCCAGCUCGUGCCCAUCCUGGCCAACAUCCUGGAGGUGGAGCCGGCCAAGUGUUGGGGCUUCGACCAGUUCUUCGCCGAGACGAGCGACAUCCUGCAGCGCAUCACCGUGCACGUCUUCUCCCUGUCCCAGGCCGUGCUGCACCACGUCUACAUCCACGCCCACAACACGGUGGCUGUCUUCCUGGAGGCCGUGUGCGAGCAGACCAGCGUGGGCCCCCGGCAGCAGGAGUACUUCUUUGAGGGCCACCCGUGUGUCCUGGAGCCCAGCGUCUCGGCUCAGCACAUCGCGCACACGACUGCCAGCAGCCCCCUGACCCUGUUCAGCGCGGCCAGCGAGACCCCCAAGGGGCUGGCCUUCAGGGACCCUGCCCUGGACAUCCCCAAGUUCAUCCCCAAAGUGGACCUGCAGGCAGACUACAAUGCCGCCAAGGGCAUGCUGGGUGCCGGCUACCAGGCCCUGCGCCUGGCACGGGCCAUGCUGCACGCACAGGAGCUGAUGCUUCGCGGGCUGCACUGGGUCGUGGAGGUGCUGCAGACCACGUGCAGGCGGACUCUGGAGGUCACGCGGACCGCACUCCUCUUCCUUAGCAGCAGUCUGGGCACUGAGAGGCCGGACAGCGCGGCUGAGACACCCACGCCACAGGAGCUGCAGGGAGCCGCGGAGCUGAGGUCCAGGCUGCGGACUCUGGCAGAGGUCCUCUCCAGAUGUUCCCAAAAUAUCACGGAGACCCAGGCGAGCCUGAGCAGGCUGGGCGCGGAGCUGGCGAAGAGGCAGGCUCAGGUACAUGCGGACAGAAGCACCCAGCAGAUCCAGUGUUGUCUGGACAAGAUGAACCUCAUCUACAAACAGUUCAAGAAGUCUCGGAUGAGCCCAGGGCUUGGCUAUAACGAGGAGCAGAUCCACAAGCUGGACAAGGUGAAUUUCAGCCACUUGGCCAAGAGGCUGCUGCAGGUAUUCCAGGAGGACUGCGUGCACAAGUACCAGGCGUCCCUUGUCACGCACGGCAAGUGGAUGAGGGAGGUGCACAAGACCAGGAACCACCUGCGCUUGGUCGGCUGUUCCGUGGCUGCCUGUAACACAGAGGCCCAGGGCGCCCAGGAGAGCCUCAGCAAGAUCCUGGACCAACUCCUGCAGGAUAAAGCCAAGGGCGCCCAGGCCUCGCCACCCUCCACAGCUCCUCACCCCAGUCCUGCACCCCAGGACCUGGCCCUCCACAUGCAAGAACUGUGCUGUGAGAUGAAGCUGGUGGCCUUCGACCUCCAGGACAACAACCGCAUCAUCGAACGGUUGGGUAAGGUCACAUCCGUGCCUGAUGCCUGAGCCCGAUGGGGAGCCAUGAGCGUCACUCGCACCCAGCUCCUCUGCACUGUGGGACGAAGCCCAGAGCGAGAUCGGUCCUGUCUCAUCAGCCUACCUCCCUCCUGGCCGCUGGCUGGGAGAUGUGCCAGCAUUACCUUCUGCUGCCUGUCACCUGGGAGGCGGCACUGGCCGUCUCUGUCGGGACCCCCAGGAGACAGCACGGCAGCCACUGCCUGGGCUGACUUGAUGCCUCACUCAGGUGCACCUGCUGCUUCGCCAUCACCAGGCAUGGAGGGCAGAACCUGGCGGAGCCAUGGAAGAAGAGGCUGUCCCAGGCCCAGUCCUCCCACCCCCGCUGACUGUGGUUUACAAAGCUGUGCUCCCCAGAGAGCCAGAGACCAGGGUGUGAGUCACCCGGCUGACCCUCCGUGUGCUUCACGUUGAACGUGACCCUUGCCUCUCCUGGGGUCCUGGGAGUCUCCACACCCGGCCACGGGCAGCAGAGCCUCCUCCCCCUCUGCUCUUGGUCGGGCUGUGAAAAUGGGCAACUGACACCAGGUGCCCUCUGCCUGGAAGCCCCGCCUGCUCCUGGGAGCGGCGAGCCGGCCUCAGCAGGUGGCCUGAGGGGAUGUGGAAUAAACGUGGCCUUCUUUUCUG